CGAGCAAGAGGAGACGAGAAGCAUACGAGCUGAUAGCAAAGCUCAUGGGUGCCGGCGUGUGGGCGGCCCUGCAGGUGGCCGCUCUCCUGCCGCUGCUGCUCGCGCUGUGGUGGCACCUCGUGUGGCGCCCGCGCGCCGUGGCACGGUCAUUCGCGAGGCAGGGUAUCCGGGGGGCGCCCUACACGUUCCUAGUCGGGUCCAUGCUGAAGACAAAGCGGCUGGUGGUGGCCGGCCGGACUGGGGCGGCCCCCAUGGACGCCGGUAACCACGACAUCGUCCCCGUUGUGCUCCGGCCGCUCCAUACUUGGACGGCUGAAUAUGGGAGAACAUUCCUGUUCUGGUUCGGACCAAUCCCCGCAAUCUGCUCUACUGAUCUUGAGCUGAUUAAGGAAGUGCUCACAGACAGGACAGGCAUGUUCCAGAAGGAUUACUUGAUCCCCGUUCUAAAAUUUCUCAUCGGCAACGGGGUCAUACUAACAAAUGGAGACGAAUGGAAACGACAUCGGAAACUAGUCCUUCCGGCUUUCAACCAUGAGAAGCUCAAGAGCAUGUCAGAGGUGACGACUCGAGUCACCGAACAGAUGAUACAGGCAUGGCGCACCCAAAUACAGCAAAGCAGUGGCCACCGAGCAGCUGAAAUAGACAUGACCAAUGCCUUCUCUCAAGUGACUGAAGAGGUCAUCGGUCGUCUCGCGUUUGGCACGAGCCACCGGAAAUCCAGGGAGGUCAUCGUCGCCGCGAUGCGCGAGAUGCAAAAGAUUGCAACCGUAGCCUUCAGGGAUCCUCCGAUACUCUGGUAUCUGCCGACUCGUGGCAACUUACGGGUACGGCGUCUGGACAGAGUGUUGAGGACCGAGAUCAUGGCGAUGGUGCAGGAACGGGUAGCGGCGGCCAAAGACGGCGGCGCGUACGGGGACGAUCUGGUCGGGAUUUUGCUGGAGCAGCGAGGGAGCGGCGAGACGCUGACGGCCGACGAGGUGAUCGACGAGUGCAAGACCUUCUUCGCCGCGGGGCAGGAGACCACGGCCACCCUCCUCGUCUGGGCCAUGUUCCUGCUCGCCGUGCACCCGCAGUGGCAAGACAGGGUCAGGGAGGAGGUCCUACGGGAGUUCCGCGGCGGCGACGGCGAGGCCCCCAACGCCGAUGUCCUCGGCCAACUGAAGCUGCUCCACAUGGUUCUGAUCGAGACGUCGCGCCUCUACCCGCCGAUCGUAUACAUACAACGGAGAGCCGCCAUGGACGUCGUCCUCGGAGGCAUCAAGGUGCCCCAGGGGACGGUGAUCUCGAUCCCCAUCGCCAUGCUGCACCGGGACAAGGAGGUCUGGGGCCCCGACGCCGACGAGUUCAACCCCAUGAGGUUCGAGCACGGCGCAACGAAGGCCGCCAAGGACCCCAAGGCGCUGCUGUCUUUCUCCCUGGGCCCGAGAGCCUGCAUCGGCCAGAGCUUCGGCGUCAUGGAAGCGCAGAUUGUCAUGGCCUCGCUCCUCAGCAACUUCUCCUUCUCACUGUCCCCCAAGUAUGUUCACAAGCCCAGGUAUGCCAUCUCGUUGGCACCCAAACUUGGGAUGCCUCUCAUCGUGAAGAAACUAAACGAAUGAGGCAAGGAAGGAUGCGAGCAGCACGUAAUUGUUGUAUUGUAUGAAUAAAUGAACACCAAUCUACUAACUUCA